AGCUGCACAAACUAGAUCAGGACAGGCACCCAUGAUCCCCCUGUGACUAUCUAUGUAAUGACUACAAUAUAUCCAUGAAAGGGCUAUGUGUGGGGCGACUAGAGCCACUAGGUUAUGUAUGACUCAACAAGACACCCCGCAAUCUACGAUACGAAUUUUUUCUGAAAACAAAUAUCAUUAUAACGAACAACAUUGAAGAUAGAAUGUUACCAGAUACCUCGACAUGGCUCCGUGGAAUCCCCAAAGCCGAACUGCACAUCCACCUCGAAGGCAGCAUCAAACCGGAGACUCUUGUCAAGCUAUCACAGCGUCACGAUCAGAUCCCACUAACACUAGAACAGGCACAGAAACUCUACAUCUACAAUGACUUUCAAGAGUUUCUCGAGGCCUUCAGCCUCGUGAAUUCACGCUUACAGACACCGGAAGACUUUGCUUUGAUCACAUAUGAAAUGAUCCGCUCGCUCGCCUCACAAGGCUGUGUCCAUGCUGAGGUCAACUUCUCAUGGGGUAUUCUCCUGCGACGCAAGCCGCAUCUUCAAAUGCCCACUGUCAUGCAAGCGAUAGAAACUGCGCGUAUCCACGCCGAACAAGAAUUCGGAACCACAGUGCUGUGGAUUGUCGAUUUGGUCAGGACACAUAGUCCAGAAUUGAAUCAGAAUGUUCUGCAACUUGCUAUCACGCUUAAGGGCCAGUUUCCAAGCAUUGUUGGUGUUGGAAUUGGUGGCGAUGAGGCCGCUGGGCCGGCACCUCUGUUCCGUGAACUGUAUGCCGAGGCAAAGGAUAGUGGGUUGCGCCUCGUCGCCCAUGCUGGUGAAGCUGUUGGGCCCGAGUCUAUAUGGGCUGCUCUUGACAUAGGCACAGAGCGUAUUGGACACGGUCUUUCCGCGCAGUGUGAUAGGGACUUAAUGCGAGUUCUGGCUGAACGGAAGAUUCCCAUUGAGAUCAAUGUUACUUCGAACUUGAAAACAGGCAAUUGCCCUGCGCUCGAAGAUCAUCCUAUACGCCAAUAUUUCGAUGCUGGUUUGGUUGUGAUAAUAAAUUCUGACGAUCCGCCUAUGUUUAAGACAAGCCUGCUACAAGAAUACGAACUGGUUCAGAAUCACUUUUCCUUUUCCGAGCAGGAAAUGAAAGAGCUAGCUGCCAAUUCGGUCAUUGCAAGCUUCAUGCCUUUCGAGCGCAAGAACAAAUUGCUAGAGAUGAUCAGGAAGUACUAACUUUGAAGGUGGCGCUAAAUAGAGCAUUAAUCGAUGUACGUAUAUAGCGAGUACUGGUGCAUGUGAUACAUAUGUUUACUUGGACAGAAAUAUGUGACUGUGGGAUAUAGUGAAUUGACGUUGGUCGGAAAAGAAUAGUUGUACCAAUACCUUUUUCUGAU